CAUAAGAUGAAAUUGGCUGCAGCUGUAGAAUCUAGUUUAAACCCCGAAUCAGCUGUUGACGGGCUGACGAGAAUUAAUCAAUAAUGACGUAUCAUCCUAAAGAUUUCAGUCAAAAAGGGCCACCAAGUUUACGCUACCUAUAUUUUGAAUGAGAUUCUAUAAGCUUGUACAGACAUGCCUCACCAUAAACGAGAGGACCUCCUUAACGCCGCCAUAGGUUUCUGUGAGAGCUUUGCGCAGAAAAAACCACCCGACGAGAUCUUAAGCCAUUUCUCGUCCUCCACCCACAUAUGGGCAUACGAGCAUGGACUCAAAGAACUCGCCCCUUUCCUCGGUCGCGAAUUCCGGGGGCACGACGGCGUGCAGGAAUACUUCAGCACUGUCUCCUCGUGUCUGAGCUACGAGAAUAUGUGCUUCGCGGAUUAUAUUAUCGAUGCUGUUGAGAAUCGCGUCGCAGUCCGCGGCACCGCCAAGUUCACGUGGACGGCUACGGGCGAGAGCUGGGACGAAGUCUUCGCGUAUGCGCUUAAAUUCGAUGAUCAGUACAAAGUCUUUAGCUAUCAGGUCUGGGCCGACUCUGGCGCUGCAUAUCUUGCGAGGAAAGGUCAUCUAAAGGAGUUAGAAAGUGAUUAAAAGCAAUCCACUAGUUUAUGAUGAGUGCGAGACAUUCUCAUGCUGUUCCAAGAAGUUACGCUGAUAUAUCUACCUAACCUAGGUUAGUACGCUCAGAGGCCCCAGUAGUGAAGAGAUAGUGUUUGAUAUACCACAUCACUUAUCAUUUACACUCUCUAUGCUCUAAUAAGUGCUUCUAUCGCUCGCUUAGUGAAUUCUCAAUAACUAGCAUGCCAAUUGCCACCGUGUAGAAUUUCAGAAUACCGCCCGUUUUCUAUACAGGCGAUUUUGAGCACAUAAUUAACUCGGCACGUCUCCAGGGAUCGGGCUAAGUGGAAACCAACUAAUAUUGAGGUGGAACUCCCCACUCCCUUUUAACUCCCAUCGAGAUUGUCCAUCUUAACUCUUCAUUUCCUCUUCGCGUCGUUCUCGCUUUCCUGGACAAGCUCGUCACGCUCCCAGAGCAGCGCAAAUGCACCAGCUACGAAGCCGCCAAGGAAAGACCACUUUGCGGCCGUUUG